CAGAGCUUGACUUUAAAGUUCAUUUUUUGUUCCUUACUUCAUCUGCAUUUCGCCAUCGAUACUUUAACAGCUUUCCGAUUAGGGUUAAUUAGGCGGAGGUGCGAAGCCUUUGAUCCAGCGCGCAAACCGGCUCCUUGCACGAUCAAAUUGCCACCGGAUCCUCACAGACUUCGGUCUGUUUAUGAAUUUUACUUUCUCACGUAAUAGACUUUGGUUAGAGUAAUUCAUUCAGAUGAACUUUUUCACACUCUAUGUAUGUGUUACCUGCUUAAGCUGGGCGCUUGCAGUGCGCAGCCCCGGUAUUUCCCGGGCAACCGGCGCGUACGAGUUGCCUUCCGUGACCGAGAGUAAGGGACGGCGACUGGGUACCAGAGCCCGUCUCUGGCCGGGCUUCAGGGUUCCCUCCCCCGUCUCAAAACGCUUACCCCCGGGGCGCUUUGUGUUCCUGCCCGGCGUGCACAUAACCUGUUCAAGCAGCGAGGUUAUAGUGAGAGUUAAAAAACGCCUCUCCGUCUCCAGCGAUGCCAAGCGCCUUAGGCUCGGGCGCUCCUGCGUGAGUAACGGCGCUGACCGGCUCUCCGGUGACCUGCUUUUCCGCUACCCGAUAACGGCGUGCGAUGUUGUGCGAGAGCUGGGACCGACAUACAUUCUGUAUCGGUUCGUGCUGCGGUACUCUUCCCAGAGAGCUGGCGUCCUCCGUCACCGCCUAGAAUGCCAUCUAAAUCGAUACCAUUACGUGCACCAGCUGGCGGUGAAACCAACCUGGCGCACACCCAUAAGCAAGGUGCUCAGAAAUCGGCUGGGCAGCUAUCAGAUACAGCAAAUGAAUGCUGAUUGGACUGGACGCCGUACUUCCAGCACAUACUUCCUUGGUCAGAAGGUCAAUCUGCGGGCUUCUGCAGACUUCCUACCUCCUGGGGGGAAGCUUUAUGUUGAUUACUGCUAUGCUACAGCCUCUGAGGUCCCCUGGUCCACACCCAGUCAUAUGGUUGUGGGGAACUUUGGUUGUAUGGUAGAAACCACAGGGUUUUUUGCAACCAGGAGUUGUGGGAGUGUCAGCUUUAGCUUCAGAGCUUUCCAGUUGAGUCAUGGUCCUUCUGCCCAGGUAUUUCUGCACUGCAGACUGUUUGUGAUGGUGGGGGGUCCUAGCGCUGCUGCUAAGUCCUGUUCCUACAAUGCGGAGGAGGGGAGGUGGCAAGAUCUCACAGGUCCUGACUCCGUGUGUGACUGCUGUGACUCCAGCUGUAACCCAUCCAAGGGCAAGAACCAAAUGUUGGAGGGGUUCCAUAGCAGUGGGCUGUUUGUGUUCAGCAAAAAGUCCAGGUCCCUAGGAACUAUCCCAGCAUGGAACACGUCCUCUCACCUCCCAACAUUGGAUGUCACUGACAACAGCAACACAUCUGGUGAAGAUGACUUGGUGUGGCAGAAUAACUAUGACGAGAAAGAGAAGGUUGACAUUCUUCUGCACAAGGACCUAAACCCUGAAGAAGUGUGUCGGGAGAGGCAGGAGAAGAGCCUUUUGAAAGCAUUGAUGCCUCCCUGUCAGAAGGAGGAAGGAAGUGUUGAGGUGUCUUGUGAUCCUGGUUUGAGGAUGGGCAAGCCCAAAUGUCCAAUAUCAUCGGGGCUAUCGGACAAGCUGGCACCUUCUUCAGUGAAGGGGGGGGUGGAGGAUGACUAUAGUAACUAUGGCCUUGUGUCUGGGAUGGGGGAGGUCAUGCUUCUUAGUGAUCAUUAGGGUCCACUGGGGUGUGGAGGGGUGGGGUGAUGUUGCUGAGGCUGAGUGCCGUCUGCUCAGUACUGAUGGUAAAACAAACUCUCUUCACAUUUUCUUCAUUUACCUACCAGCUUAGUAAUAAAAUUCAUGUUCAUUUGUGGUUAAUGCUGCAUUCCAUUUGAAAUCAUAACUCGUAAAUUCCAAGUUCCUAGUCCGAAAAAUCAAUCAGAGCGCCCCCUGAACUAGGAGAAAUCAACACAACUCCGAGUUCAAGAUGGUUGCACUCUUUAGCAACAGAAGUUAAAGCUGUAGUUAUAUACUGUUUAUUAUCACAUGUCUUAUUUGUGGCUCAUUAAAUCAGUUGUACACACAGUCCUGUCCAACCGCUAUCUGUGGACAUGUUGUUCAAAACACCACAUAAUGUUAUUGACCGAUAUU